AUGUCUCUCUCAUCUUUAACAAUAAAAAAAGAAGACCUUUUUAUAGACAAAGAAACAGGUUUUAUCGGAAAGGGGUGUUUUGGGAGUGUAUACAAAGGAGCACUAAGUGGUGUUUCUGUAGCCGUUAAGAUACCCAUAGACGAGUUAACUCCCACCGAACUUAAGACAUACCUUCAUGAAAUGGAAUUGAUGAACAAUUUCCACAGUUCAAAUGUUGUUCUAUUUAUAGGCGUAGUAACUCCAACCACCACCCCCAUGUUUGUCCACGAGUUUAUAAAGACUGACUUAUCGAAGUACAUUCACUGUGACAACAUCACGUCUGAGUAUCUCCGCCGUCCUCUUGAUGUUCCUUUGAAAAUUGAUUUGUUUCUUCAGUGUUGUGAACGGAUUCAGUGGCUUCACAAUGUCGUCAACAUCAUUCACAGAGACGUCAAACCAGCUAAUUUCCUUUUAGAUGAGAACUUCCACAUCAAAGUCGGCGAUUUUGGCUUUGCAGACACUUUACAAUCAAAAAGUCGAACGUUCAGGGACUUCUCAAAGUACUGUGCGCCAGAAGUGUUACUGAUGGCAAAGUCGAUUGGAAAGGAGAUCGACGUCUACUCGCUUGGAAUAACAAUGUGGGAGGUGUUCUAUGAGAGUGCGCCCUUUUUUGAGUAUCAAGAGAUCAAAACAACAGCAAAAAUGAUUGAAUUAUUAAAGAGUGGCGGGCGCCCAAUUUUGCCAGUGACUUUCAUUGAAGAAAAUGAACACAAAAAAGACAAAGAAAAUGAGGUCCACAGAGUCAGAAAGACUUUUAAAGAGUUAAUAGAGAAGACUCCCAAAGAUGCUGAACUGAUUAUGAAAAGGUGUUGGGAGUUUGAUGCAAAGAAGCGUGUUGGCAUCGACAAGUUAGUCGAGUUAGUGAACACUCUAAGACUGGGUGUGUCACUUGGCGACUCAAAUGCUACAAGUUGGUGGCAGAAAAAUUUCGAAGGUGAGAUAUGCAGAACAAAUUUUGUGUUGGUCGACGAGUUCAUUAAACCAAUUGUGAAGACUUUUAGAUUGAAAGAAGACGACGAGAAAGUCUUGAAGAGGAACAUUGGAGUAGCUAAUGAAAUCGAUAUAAUGAGGUUUAAAUACCUCAUCCGGCUGUUUGGGAAGUUUUACAACGACAAAAAUUGUUUGAGGAAGAUGGUUGAUGUAUUUAAGGCCGAAUGGUGGUUUGGAGGCAUUACAAAGGACGACGCUGUUGCUACACUGGAAGGACACGUUGAUGGAACGUUUCUUGUGAGGGAGAGUUAUAACGUUGUUAAUGCACCAAUUACUAUAUCAAAAAGAAGUGAAGGAAGAACUACACAUACAAGAAUUUAUACAAAAGGGAAGAAGGAUGGCGGAGUGGAAUACACUAUUACUGCAAGAGGAAAAGAAUCAAAAUACGACGAUUUGACAUUUUUAAUUGAGGCUAAAACAGCUCUAAGUUUUAUUACUUUUGUGUGUGAUAGAAAAGCUGCGCCAUCGAUAUAUUGA